CCUGCUUUUUCUAUACAUUGUAAAACCCAAAAGCCUAAAAAAAUUUCCAACAUAAAGGCCUCUUAAAAAAUAAAGGAGAAGAAGAAAAGACAUAACGUUACGACACGUGUCAUAAACCUAGACCAUCAAACGCUACGUGAUAUAUAAAAAAAAUAAAAACGAAAGAAAAGCUUCUGUAAAGAUUUAUCUUCUUCAUUACCCACAAUCGUCUCAACUCUCAAGCCACCCCCAAAAGAGCAUUACUCGAAUGUUACUGAAGAAGAAGAAAACAAAAACAAUGGAAGAUCACGGUUCGCUCCUUUACCGUAACAUGGAAGGUAAACAAGGUUUCUUCGAUGAAAUCGACUACGAAGUUUCUUCAAUCUUGUUGGAACUCUCGCACCCCGUCGUGUUCUCCUCCGACCCUCCUCUUUUUCACAAAUGGGGUCGCACUAAAAAGAGGUCUUGUACCGUCUUCCUUCGUCCGCCGAAGAUUUCGCCGCCGUGUGCCGUGAUCGCCGAGAUGGGAAGUACUUCGAGUUCGUCGUGUUUAACCGGCGAUGCAAAGAAAACAUAUCCUCAAAGCAUGAUGAAAGGUUCUAUGACGAAUCAUAGCUCGAAGCUGAAGAUUACUUCUCAGCCAAAAGCAUCAUCGUGUUCGGUUCUCGAGACCGAGACUGGUUUAAUUAGGGCGCAAGUUGGGUUGCUACUAGCCCAGCCCAUUGGAGAAAACCUGCUUCAUCAACAACCGUCGAUAUACGUUGGUGAUCCUACGGUCAACAAGAGAGAUAACUCGGAGCAACGUGGCUUUGAUCUGAACCUUCCAGCAGAAGAAGAAGGUAACCUUAUAGCCACCACAACGAUUGUUGAUUUUGAGAGUGCAGUGACCAAAGCUCAAGCAGCUGCUCAAGCAAGACAAAAGAGAUUAGAGCUAAUUAGAUCUAAGAAGCGUUUUUAGUAGAUUCUUCUUAUCUUCAUACCAAUUCAAGUAGGAAUGGGGAAUUAAAACAAAACUUUCUGGAAAGAUUUUGUUGCUAAUAUAUAAAUUUAAUGCGAAUAAUGUAAACCAAAUUUGAAAAGUA